AUGGUGGAAUUUAAUGAAUGUCUUAAUCGUAUUGAAGUUCAAGACAUCAACAGCAAUGGUCUGCAUUAUACUUGGAACCAAAGACCUAGAGGGGUCCAUGGAGUGUUGAAAAAAUUGGACCGAGUGAUGGGAAAUUUCAAGUUUGUGGAUGAUUAUCCUAAUGUUUUUGCCAAUUUCCAGCCAUAUAGAAAUUCUGAUCACAGCCCUAUGAUCAUCAAAUUUCCUUUGAAAAAGAAAUUUAGAGUUCAUCCAUUUAAGUUUGUCAACUCCCUUACUUUGUUGGAUGAAUUUCUGCCUAUUGUUGCUAAUGUGUGGAGAACUGAUAUUGAAGGUUAUGGUAUGUUUAGGCUGUGCCAAAAGCUUAAACUGUUGAAAAAACCUCUUCGUAAACUUCUGGUUAUUAAAGGGAAUUAUGCAGAAAAAAUUGGUAAGUGCAGGGAGGAACUCUGUAGGAUUCAGGUUGAAUUAGAUAAUGACCCUUUUAAUGAAGAUUUGAGAAUUGUAGAGGGUCAUUAUCUCCAAUCUUUCUUGAAUGCUAGUCGGGAAGAGGAAUGGUUUUUAAAACAAAGAGCGAAGGUUCAGUGGCUUAAGGAGGGCGAUUCCAAUACUGCUUAUUUUCACAAAGUGGUUAAAGGAAAAAUAAACAGAAAUAGAGUUGAAACUAUUCUUGAUGGGAAUGAUAUAUGGAAGGAAGGAGAUGAGGCGUUUAAAGUAAUUGUUGAUUAUUUCAGCAACUUUCUUGGUGUAGAAAGAAAUGUUGAACCCAUUAUUUCCCCUGAUACCCUUUUCUCUAAAAAGCUUGAUGCUCAGCAUGCUAAUGAUAUGGUUAGAGAAGUGACAUCUCCAGGUCCUGAUGGGUAUUCUGCGAAAUUUUUUAAGAAGGCCUGGAGGAUUGUGGGGGAUGAUUUUUGCACUGCUGUGAAAGAAUUUUUCCUGUCAAAGAAGAUCCUUAAGGAGAUUAAUGCUACAGUCAUAGCGUUAGUUCCUAAAGUGCAGACUCCAGGGAAAGUUGGAGAUUACAGACCAAUCUCCUGUUGUAAUGUGGUGUAUAAAUGCAUUAGUAAGGUUAUUGUCAAUCGUAUCCGGGAUUAUCUUGGGUUACUGAUUUCGGACAAUCAAUCGGCUUUUAUUUCGGGGAGAUCUAUUCUGGAUAAUAUCCUGCUUUCUCAAGAACUUGUAAAGGGAUAUCAUAUUAACAGGGGUUUUGCUCGUUGUGCCAUGAAAAUUGACAUCCAAAAAGCUUAUGAUACUGUUAAUUGGAAAUUUCUCCAAUUUAUUUUGAAAGAAUUUGGAUUUCAUAGUUCUAUGGUUUCUUGGAUCAUGAAUUAUGUGUCUACUUCUUCAUUCAUGAUCAAUAUUAAUGGAAGCUUUCAUGGAUUCUUCCAAGGAAAGAGAGGGUUUCGUCAGGGUUGUCCGUUAUCUCCUUAUUUGUUUACUCUUGUCAUGGAGGUUUUUAAUCUUAUGCUAAAAAAGUGUAUUCGGGAAGAUAAUGGGUUUAAAUUUCAUUGGAGGUGUAAAAAACAGGAGAUUACUCAUUUGUGUUUUGCUGAUGAUCUGAUGGUUUUCUGUCAUGGAAAAUUCCCCAUGAAAUACCUUGGUGCUCCUCUUAUUUGUACGAGAUUAUUCAAAAGAGAUUGUAAAGUGCUGGUGGAAAAAGUGAAGUCAAGAGUUAAUAAUUGGAAAAAUAAGUCGCUUUCGUAUGCUGGAAGGCUUCAAUUGAUAAGAUUUGUGCUCUCUUCUCUUCCUGUUUAUUGGGCUUCGGUUAUGUUAUUACCUAAGUCUAUAACAAGUGAAAUUGAGAAAAUUAUGAGGAAUUUUUUAUGGAGUAGUGGAGAUAGUAGAAAAGGGGUCGCUAAAGUUUCUUGGAAUGAGAUUUGUAGACCCAAAAAAAAUGGUGUCCUUGGUUUAAGAAAUCUCAAUGAGUGGAAUAUUGCUCUUCUUUCUUGCCGGAUUUGGAAGAUUAUAAGUGGUCAUAAUUCCUUAUGGGUUAAAUGGGUAAAUGCUUAUUUACUAGAAGGAAGGAGUUUCUGGGAUGUGGGGUUUAAAGACAAAAUGAGCUGGAGUUGGAGGAAUCUGUUGAAAAUCAGGACUCACUUGCGGGAUUUUUUUGUUGUUCAGAUUGGAAAUGGUGAAGAUACUUUCAUGUGGUAUGACAAUUGGUAUCAGUUAGGUCCUUUAAGCUAUGUUUUGACUCCUAGGGAAAUAGCUAAUGCUGGUUAUCAAAUUACUAAUAAAGUCAAUGAAGUGAUUACUGAUGAGGAUUGGAAUUGGCCUGUUGAUUGGAUUAGAAUUAUUCCUCAGCUUGCUGAGUUUCCUGUCCCUAGGCUUGUUAGGGAUAAGAAGGAUACAGUUUUCUGGCUAAAUGAGAGAAGGGAACCUACCCCUUUUGUUGUGAAUCAAGUCUCUAAGUCUAUUUCUGUUCAUGAGUCAAAUGUGGGAUGGUAUGAUCUUGUUUGGUUCCAACAGAGAAUUCCUAACCAUUGUUUUAUUCUUUGGUUGGCCAUUCUUGGAAGACUUAGAACUCAAGACAUAAUGAAAAAAUGGAAGUCUACAUGUAAUUUCAGUUGUGCUUUCUGCAAUAAACAAAGUGAUUCCCAUUGUCAUAUUUUUUUCGAAUGUAAUUUUCCCCAGGAAGUUUGGAGUAAAGUGAAGAGGAAUUUAAACAUCACCCAUAAGGAUGGCAAUUGGUUUGAGAUCAUUCAAGAUUUGCAAGGUACUCUAAAAAGGAAGAACAUUGAGAAUUUUAUAAAGAAAUGUGCUCUUGCUGCUACAAUCUAUCAUCUUUGGAAUGAAAGAAAUAAAAGAUUGUUUGGAAAAGUAACCAAUUCUAUGGAAUUUGUGGUUCAUAGAAUUAUGGAAGAUAUUAGAUUGAAGUUAUUUGGCCUCAAAUAUGGUUAUUUGGGGUUGAAUGCUGAGAUUUGUAAACACUGGAACAUCCCAAUCCAAAAAAUUAAUGGGUCUGAUGGGGAUUAA